AUGACUUCAGCUGAUGAACCAACCACAUCCAUUACGAGCUCAACCACCACUGAAACAACAAGAACUUCUUCUGAUUCUUCUUCAUCCACAACCUCCACCAUGGUGAUGGAUCAAUGCACCAAUGCUUCAUCAACCUCGAUCAUUGCUUCCGAAACAACGACAACGACCACCAUCAAAGAGAGUGGUCUUUCCAACAAGAUCCGAGUGCUCAGCCUUUCAGUUCCACCUCAUACCGUUCCUCAAUAUUUGGAGAGCGAUUUGAAAGAGCUUCAAUCAUUGAAAGAGACUCUUCAAUACAAGCCAACCGUCUUGCACUUGUUAUCUCUCUAUCAGAGUGAGAUCAAAAAGGAAGUUGAGUUUAAACAAAAGAAGAAGAAUUCUUCAUCAUCAUCUUCAGGAUCUAUUGUUCAUGUUCAAGUCGAUCCUGUACCACCCGAUCGAAAGUACAUUUAUUUGACAAGUUCAGGUGCUCCAGCAGUGCCUUCUACAUGUUCUUGCAUUGUUGAUUAUAGUCAUUAUUUGAGUUUGCACUCUGGAAAGUCCAUCAUGAACGAAUUUGAUUUACAGACACCACCCGAAGAAAUUGCCAAAGUUGUGAAGAAGGUCGACAAGAUCCCUGCCUCUUCAUCAAUCGAGUCCAAAAAGAAUGAAUUAAUUGAGCUUGAAAAGAGGUAUGCACAAUUGAUGCAAGAGAAGCAAAAAGUGUUAGCCGAUCGAGCUUCCGUGUUAACACCUGAAGAAUUGGCAUCCAUUGAGGAAGAGGAAGGUAUUAGAAGAAAACCCUCUUUCUCUCAAGAUGCCAUAAUCGAUGAGGACGAAUGGGAAUUGGAACAUAAACGAAAAAUUAUUGAACAAGAAAGAAAGCUUGUCGAGAAGAGGUUAUUGGAAGAAAAAAAGCAUAGAAAUGUUCGAUUUUACUGUAAAGGAGAGCUCGAGUAUUUGCAACAAUGGAAUGCUGUCUUUUCGAGUGGUGAAAAGAAACCAUCCAACUUGGAAGAAUUGAGAAAAUAUUCGCUUCGUCCAACCAACGUUUUUGACCUGGAAGGCGAGCAAAUCCAUUAUCGAUUUUGUGAGUCUCAAUUCCAUCGUUUGGGUGCUUCACCAGCUUAUGCCUCGUCGUAUCCAACUGCAUACAUUUCAGAGGUUGAAUAUGUGGUCAAUCCAAACAUUAUGAAUCGAUUUAACAAUUGUAAGAAAGAGUUGGCUAAGAAACAUGGAUUUUUAUUGGAAAGUAUGAAACCAUUAUUAUUGUUCCAUGGUACUUCAGAAACGAAUAUGGAGAAUAUUUUAAGAACUAACUUUUUAAUUGAAAAAAUCGGAUCCACUACAGAUAUGGGCUGGUAUGGCAAAGGUUUUUACUUUUCAGAAUAUCCUGGACUUUCCAUGGCUUAUUCUCGCAACCAGUAUUUAUUGAUUUGCAUGGUACUAAUUGGAAAGGCCUUUCACAUGAAUCAAGUGGAGACAGGACGCCCGUUGGAGCCUGGUUAUGAUUCGCACGUUUCGCCUGAUGGAUGCAGUGAAGUCAUCAUUUUCAAUCCAGAUCAAGUGAUUCCUUUAUAUAAGAUUAAGUGGGAACAUUCAGGCUCACCUACUUAUAAAUAA